CGGCUACGCCUUCCAGCUUCCCCUCCCACGACCUCCCCUCUGAUCCUGGUCCCGCCCCGGCCGCUGUCCUCAGGCCCCAUUGGCCCCUUAUCUCCCCAGUAACCGGACCACAACAGUGAGCUCGGAUGGACAGGUUAGGCGUUCCAGCAGGACGCUCGCAAUCGUUGGCUAAGCUGACCACAAUGAGCACCCGCUCGGAGGAAGGAAGCGAGGCCUUCCAGGAAACACUAGUGGAUUGGGAGCUGAGCCGACUGCAGCGACAGUACAAAGUGAUGGAGGUUGAAAGGCGGGCCUACAGCAAGGAGGUCCACCAGCGCAUCAAUAAGCAACUUGAGGAAAUCCAGCGCCUGCAAGACGUGCAGAACAAGCUUCAGGUGAAGAUCGGCAUUGCCCAGAGCCAGGUCAAGCGCCUGCGGGACAACGAGAGGAUGGAGAACAUGAGCCACCUGCUGAAGUGCCGGGCCCAGGUGGAGGCCGAGGUCAAGGAGCUGCAGGAGCAGACCCGAGCCCUGGACAGGCAGAUCCAGGAGUGGGAGGCCCGGCUCUCUGCCUGCGGGAAGGAUCCCAGGGCCCCAGGGGUCGUCCUGGACCAGAAGGCCAAGACCCGGAAAAGGAUCAAGAUCGUGGAAAACCAGCUGGACAGGGUCACCUGUCACUUUGACAUCCAUCUGGUUCGGAACGCAGCCCUGCGGGAGGAGCUGGAUCUGCUGCUGGUGCAGAGGAACCACUAUCUGAACAUAGACCGCAAGCUGCACAAGGAGAUGCAGCUCCUGCGGCGCACCAUCAACGGGCUCACCGUGUCCUCCAUCUCCGCCUACUCCGUCAGGGAGGAGGCGAAGACCAAGAUGAGCUUGCUGCGGGAGCGGGCCGACAAGGAGGGGGCCCAGAACGAGACGGACGUGCAGAUCCUGCAGCGGCAGAUAGCGCACCUGGACCAUCUGCACCGCUUCCUCCAGUUCAAGAACCACGACCGGCAGCCGGAUCCCGUCGUCCUGGAGAAGCGCGAGAAACGCGCUCGAACUGGGAACCUGGACGCUCGCUCUAUCCACUGCGCCAAACCAGUAGGGCUGUUUCGCUGUCCUUUUGUGUCCGUGGCGUUUCUCUGGGUUUGCCUGCCUCCGGCCUCCCCCAGCCCCCUCCCCUCUCCUCCCUGCUCCUGGGCCUGGGCAUUGCUCUCCGAAUCGUCCCCUUCCCCCUGCGUCUCCCCGUGUGCCCGCUGCGGUCUCUCUCCCGCCGCUACUGUUUUCUCUCCCUCACUUCUGUGUGUCCGUGUCUCUCUCGGUCUCUCCGGGUCUUUCCGUUUGCUUCUCGGCGUCCCCGUUCUCUGCGUGUCUCUCCGUCUGUGUCCCCCCGCCUGGCCUCUGCGCCGUGGUUCUCAGCACCUCCCUCCCCGUCCCGUGCGCCUCCCUCCGCUCCUGGUUUGGUCUCUUCCGCGCGUCCCUGACUCCGUCUCCUGGCCCCGCCUUCCCCGCUCAGCCGAGGAGCGCAACUUCGCCGAGUUCAACUUCAUCAACGAGCAGAACUCGGAGCUGGAGCGUCUGCGGGAGGAGAUCAAGGAGAUGAAGGAGGCCAUGAAGAAGGCGCGCUAUGGCGACGCCGCCCGCCUGUCGCUGAAGGAGGAGAACGAGGCUUCGGUGCAGCAGCAGAUAGGAGAGGUGCGCGCCGAGGCCGACAGCCUGGAGGCCCGCGCCCAGACACUGAGGGAGCAGGUGGAGAAGUUCAAGGCAGGGCUUCGGGGGGCGGGGGACCGGGCCCUCGGGCCGGGGCUGACCAGCGGCUCCUCCCUGCAGAGCUACACCACGUCCAGCUUGUCGGUCGCCGCCCUCACGGUGCUGGGCAAGAACGCCGAAGACCUCCCCAAGAAGGUGGCCCCGCCCCAGCUCCCUGACAACCUGGAAGAGCCCCCAGGCUUCGAGGCCAAAGAAGACUAUCCCCUGAGCAAAGAGCGGGAGCUGGCGAGGGAGCAGCACCUGAAGGAGCUGAUGGAGAUGGCGAAGAAGAUGGACAGCGGCCAGCCCCUGAACCUCUCGGCGACACAGAGGGCCAGCUCGGUCACACCCCUGGUCAUCUCCCAGAGCCCGAGUGUUGGGCCCGGGUCCGUCCUGAGCCACAGGACGAAUGGCAUCCUGGUGUCCGGCCGAGCCACCAGCGCCAACAGCUCCAGCAGCUACCUGGGCUCCACGGGGUACCUGGAGUCCAGCGGCGGCUCCGAGAGCUUCGGCGGCCUGCCGAGCAAAGGCACGGGGUCCGAGUCGAGCCCUGGCCCUGCCUCCAGCACUGGCCCAGGCUCCAUGGAGAGCAAAGAGUCCUGAAGCCACGGCUGGGCACCUGCCCGCCCUCCCUGCUCUCUGCAGGCCGUCUCCUCUCGAGUGCUUCUGCCCCCCUAGCGCCCCCCAUCCUCCCUGUGGCUCCAUCUUCUCCCGGCCCUGCCUCUGCCCCCACAGCUGUCCCCACUUCCACUUCCUGUGUCCCUGUGUCCCUUCCCAUCGGCUCUUCCUCAUCUCCUCUCUGUCUCCUGGUCUCUCUCUCUGAUCCCCGCCCUCUUUCCCUUUCGGUCGCCCAGUCUCUUGUUGUCAAAAGUUUCCCGCUCGCUGUGUGUCUGUCUUGUCUCGCAUCUGUCUCCCCGUCUCUGCUGACUCCCCUGGUUCUCCUCCCACCUCCCGUUUCUGCUUCCCCAUUUCUAGUUCCUUCUCCUCGUCUCCAUCCCCCAGGCGCUCCCGGCCGAGGUCCCUGUCUCAGUGGCUCCUCAUUUCCUCGCCCUCCCCGUGAGCCCCCAGGACUGACCCCGAGGAAAGAAUUGGAGCAGAAAGUUCAGGGUCAGCAUGAGCUGUGACCACAGGAAAUAAAGGGCAGAGCCCAACUGUACCCCA